UAAAUUUAACUUUUCAAUGACUUCUUCUCUAGCUGUUUGCUCAAAUCCAGUGGCCACCGUGGCUUCAACCAUACAGAAAUUGUCUUCAUCCACGUUUUCAGUGGGCGCCGCCAUCUUGAAUAAAGGGAGAAUCUCGUGCAGGUCAUGUGACCUAUUGUGGAUGUUUUGUAUGAAUGUAACGUACUGCUUCCAGGUUGAAAGUAACUUGUAGCGAGUUUGUGUCGAUCGAAUAAUAAUAAGAAACAGUUGGAUUAUUCGCCGCAUCAUCUUACCGGUAACUUCACUUCAUCGGAUGUAAGGCGGGAAACUGCAACUGAAAGUUCAAUUGAUAUAGAGUUCUACAAUGAGUGGGAAUAAAGUUGUAUUGUUUUGACAAGAAGACGAGUUCUGCGAUGAGGUUGACGUUUAGGAAAAUAGCUUACUCUAUCUUGGGUGUAUAUUUUCUAAUCACAUGUUAUACGGGAUACCUUUUACUAAAACGAAGAAAUAACAGUGCUAAUGAAAGAGAGAGGAUUAUACUUGAGAAGUUAAGGAGUCUUACAGAUACAUCAGAUGACUUGAAAUGGAAUCCUUGGGGAAUGGAAUUUGAGAAUGACCAUCAGGAACUUCCAGCAUUACAUCAUGAAGCUCCGGCUAUUAACUGGGGAGUUGAACGUGUACUGGGUAAAAGAAGUCCUCUAGACAGUAAAGAUAAUAUAACUGAUGAUGUAGUGGUAGAGAUAUGGGGAAAGGCUGCCAUAGGUUUAUAUUUAUGGGAACAUAUACUAAACGGUGAAUUAGAGGAGAAAUUAGGUGGAGUGUGGAGUUAUGGAACAAAGAAAAUAAAUAAUAUUAGAUUUAGAUUUAGAACUGGACCCGGUGUUAUUCCUACCAAAGUUCCAAGAAAGACUGAAAAUCUUUUACUGGUUUUAAAUGGACGAGAAGUAUCAAAAGUUGAUUUUGCCAAAAUGUGGUUGGAUUUUUUACCAACACUUCCAUAUUUGAAAAAUGCUGCCGUAGUCCUGCUGGGAAACGAACAGUGUAACAAUGAUUGGAUAAAACCUUAUCUUCAAAAUAGAGGGGGCCCAAUCAAAUUUGUAUUUUUAGUGUAUGAUAGCCAUGACAUAGAUAAUGUUAAUUUUUACCAGUGGCCAUUAGGUGUUGCAACAUAUCGAGAUUUUCCUCGAGUAGACACACCUCAUUUACCUGUUUCUUCAAAUAGACGUUAUACCUGUAAUUUUCUUGGAACUGUAUAUAAAAAUUCAUCUCGAGAAACUCUCUUACAAAUUUUGAAAAACAGUACACACAAGUCUUCAUUUUUCAUCAAACCCAGAUUUGAGUGGCUUCCACAAGAAACAGAUGAAUCAAGAGAUGACUAUAUCCGAGCUCUUGCACAGAGCGAUUUAACUCUUAAUCCUGUUGGUCAAAAUACUGAAUGUUACAGAAUCUACGAAGCCAUGGCAUAUGGUUCCGUCCCCGUUAUAGAAGAUCACAUGACCCCCGGGAACUGUGGUGUAUCAAGUGCUUCCUCUCUUUCACCAUUGCGCCUUUUAAAAGAAUUUAAUGCUCCAGUUAUUUAUGUUAAAAGUUGGAAUGAACUUCCAGGAAUUUUAGAAAAAGAAGUGACUUUAACUCCUGAUGAUCGAACUCACAGGAGACAAAAACUAAUUCAGUGGUACGAAAAUUUUAAAUCUAUAAUGAGAGACAGAUUAGUGCGAGUUUUAGAAGAAAGAUUUUUUAAUAUAAAACGGUAAUAUGUUGAAGUAAUAUAGUGCUAGAUUUUAAAGAAUUGUUGUCAUUAUUGGUUUUUAAAUAAGAAAAAUGAAAUUAUGAAAGAAACCAAAGUCUUUCUAUGUGAGCCAAAUGAUGCUGAUUUUAUUUAUGUUCAUGUAUGUUCAUGUCCUUGUAUAUAAAUAAUGUUAUGUAAUUCAUUGUCUCUAUCUGAAUAAUUUAGAGGCACAAUUCACAUAGGAUAGCAUUUGUUAAUACAUGUACAUGUAUCUAUCAUUUGUUAAUACAUGUACAUGUAUCUAUCAUUUGUUAAUACAUGUACAUGUAUCUAUCAUUUGUUAAUACAUGUACAUGUAUAUAUCAUUUGUUAAUACAUGUACAUGUAUCUAUCAUUUUUGUUAAUACAUAUAUCUAUUUAGGAUAGCAUUUAUUCAAUCUGAUUAAAUUACAGAUCUAUAUUUCGUUUCGUUUUUUAUACUUUCGAUGGCCUACACUAUAUGAAGAUCUGACUGGUUGUACUGGAAGGUCAUGACAGGUGUCGCACGAGCGGCUUAUGACCCUAUGACGUCAAACAUUGUUUAAUAAAUCAACGUUGACGUACCUAAUGGUUUACCCACAGUUCCGUGCAUUUCACGGCAAGAACUCACCAUAACAGACUCUUUCAUUGGCUAAUCCCUUAGUUCAACAGAACGCUGGUGAUAUAACAACUCUUCCAGAUCCUAGUGUAGUAAAACAAGUUCAAAAUUUUGAUCUAUAAACAAUGAAACGAAAUAGGAUCUGUGUUUUAAUCAGAUUGGCAUUUAUUAAUACAUGUAUCUAUCUAAAUAGCAUUUAUUAAUACAUUUGUCUAUCUGGAUAGAAUUGAUUAUUUUAUUCAUGCACAUUUAUCUAUCAUUUGAUAAUAUAUGUAUCUUAUCAUUCAUUAAUAUGACUAUGUAUCAUUUAUUAAUAUAUGUAGGCUUAUAUAUCAUUUAUUAAUACAUGUAUGUAUCUAAGAUAGCAUCUAUUAAUACAUGUAUCAAAAUUAAAGAAUAAAAGCAGUGUUAGGCAACACAAAUAAAAUAAGUUGUUUCUCGGGCACCGCCCGCACGCAAAAUUGGUUGCGCGUGCGGCCUAUUUAUUAGUCUUGAUGAAAAAUAAAAAAUAUGUAACGCCCGCCCGAACAUCGAUAAGCAAGUCAUAAAAAAAAUAUGCCGCAUGUAUCUACAUGCCCCAUUCGUGAAUAUCCAUUCAAAUGUAUUAAACUGAUUCAGAUGUAAACGCUCAUUUACGGGUCUUUUUUAUUGAUAUCGAAAGAACCUCCAUUUUUGUAUCACGUGAUUUUAAUUACCUCCCCUUGUGAACUAGAAUUUGAUUCGUGUUAAACACCGAAAGUCAUUGACAACAAUGCAAUGUAUUUCAAUCAUUAUUGCCGGCUUCAGUCGGUCCAUGUUUGAAAAAAUCCUACUUAUAAAACAAUGAAUCGUAGAACAGGUUAAUUAUUAUAACUUGUGGCUACGAAUACGAUACGAUGAUAGUCACCAUACCUUAGUCAGAAUCUGGGUCAUUAGCACAUUUAACGGUAGUUUUGAUAAUCCGGAAAAUAAUAAUUGGAUUACACAUUUGAUGGUUUUACUGACGAUUUGUUAGUUAAAUUUAAAUAGUCAUUCGAUAUAAACCCCAGAUAGAACACCGAUUAUCCAGAGAAACACACAAAAUAUCCUGAGAAACAGUCAUUUCACGAAUCCCGAUGACACUUGACAUGCAUUGGUUGGAAUUAGGUCAAUCAUUAUUUAUAAACCAGCGAUACUAGAUUUAGAUCGAAGUGUCGUUUACCGUGAUGAUUAUUUUUGAUACACAUGCUGACAGAGGCUUACUCUUUAAAAUAUUGUCGUUAUUAUGGACGGCUAUUAAUAGUCGUACGGAAUUUUCUUUUAAACCAAUUUCAAUUAUGGUUGUCACCAUUACCAUUAGUAAGCUACAUUACGUGAAUUAAAUAUGGAAAAUUAUUUUCCUUUCAGUCAGUGUUCAGUGUUUGAGUAGACUUGAUUUUUGGGUUUAUGUUCUAAGUAUGUAUAAUAUAUAACUGAAAGCAAAACCGUAGACAAGUAAUGACUUUCUCAUUAAAAAAAAAAAAAAAAAAAAAAAAAUACAAGGCCGCCCUCCCGCCCCAACAAUUUUCAACAAUAGGCAAAUUUUAUUUUGCACCAUCCUCUAGCCGGAAAUGAGAUAAAAAAAAAAAUAAACCGCCCUCCCCCCCUACAGUUUCAGCUGUCAGUUGCCCGAGAAACAAGACAUUUAUUUUGUGUAGCCUUAUAACCCAUGAUGACAUUAGAGAGAUGGGGGUAUGUUUUUUAUGGCUGUUUGCAAGAUUGUCAUUGGGGCAUCUCCAAAACUAUAUACAUGUGAUCUAUUAAUAAAUGAUCUAUUCAGAUAUUUCUGAUUAUAUUCUAAGAUAGCUCAGUAUAUGGCACAGUUGACCUUUGAUUUUGGACAAUACUUGGGCUAUAAGUGAGUACAGGAAAUGCUUCCUUCAAAAGGAUGUAGAUACCAAGUUUAGUGACCUCUGUUUAGGCCAAAACUGCCUCUAAAUAAAAUUAAAAACUUAUUAGAAUGUUGAAUUUAUUUUUAUUCUUUAUUGAACGUAUAUUUAAUUGAAAAUUUAAAUAUUGCAUUAUAAACUUGCAGUAUCCUUAUUAGGAAGAGCAUCAACAUAUCAAAUUUUGUUAUUGUAUGGGUAUGAUAAAUAUUUAAACGGAAUAAAUAUAUUAUGUAGAUAUAUUUGUCAGUUAAACUUCAAAUUACUGAUAGAACUUAUGAAACAAAUUAGUGAUGAGAUUAAUGGGCUAAAACCUGUUAAAAAUUAUUAGGCAAAUUUCUUGAACACUUCAUAAGUACAAUUGUUUCAUUGAAAUAAUUUUAUUACUCACAUGGGCAACAUGUGAUUGCCAUGAAAGUGUGAUCUACGCAGUAUUAUAUAAGUAGUCCUUGUCAAAAGUUUCAUGAUCAAGAUGUACUAUAUAUUUAUUAGCCUAAUAUUGUUUCUUUGAAAUAGUUUUCUUACUCACACAAUGUUGCCAUAAAAGUGAGAUCUACGCCAUAUUACAAAAACUAAUCUUUGCCAAAAGUUUCAUAAAUAAUACCUUAUUUGGUGAUAUUGUUUUAUUUCUCAUAUAUUAUGUGAUUGCCAUGAAAGUGAAAUCUACACAAUAUUACGUAAGUAAUCCCUGUUAAAAGUGUCAUAAAUAAGAUGUACUUUAUUUGGUAAUGUUGAAUCAUUAGUUAUAACAUAGUUCUAAAUCUAAUUAAUUCUUGACAUUUGAAGAAUGUCAAUUUGGUUGGUUUCCGGUUCAUAUAUCAGGCAGUAUCAGCUGUAUAUAUUGAAUCCAGCUAUAGAUAGAAUAGAAACUCUCUUCUUUUGUACCGGUAAUUAAUUCGUUUGGAUGGUUAAUGUUUACUAAAUAAUAGUUGGAUUUUUGUGAUGAUGAUGAUGGCCCUCAAUUGAAGUUGACAUAGGGUUAAAAGUUGAUUUAUAAAAUAAUAGUCAGCAGAACAAAUACCCACAACUAUAAUUAACCUUUGUGUAAUUAAACAUUUAGGUCUUAGUAUUUUUUUAGCAUAGCCGGGUGAACAACCAUAUUUUCAAAAGGGUCCUCCUACUAAUCAGUCAAGUGUGUCUUUUGGUCAAUAGCAUCCAAAGUAUUUCAAAAAGUGACUAACAAGGAAAGAUAUAUUAUAUAUGCAUUGUCUACACAUAUCCAAAAUUUAAAUGAUUUCAUAACAAAAUGACAAAUUUCUGAUCAUGAAAAUGUUUUCAGUCACUAACAAGAACCCACAUACCAAUAAUUUUUCAACUUUUUAUGAAAUUUUUGAGAGGAUAUGAUGUGUAGAAUAUAUAUGUAUAUCUAUAACACAUCUUGCCUUGUCGGUCACUUUUUGCAAAACUUUGGGCACUAUUGACUAAAAAAAAACCCCACUCUUGUCUGUUCUUGUCAGUGAUUAGUAUGACCGUGAUAACAACUUGAUUUCAAGUUUUGUGUUUUAGCAAAAACUGUUUUGAUUUUGAAGAUAGUCUGGAUCUUCUGAUUCUAAAAGUUUUUGCUGGCUUCUGAUAGUUAAAUUAGGUCUUGACAGAUGUCAGCCUUAGCUGUAAGUUGUUUUUUAUUUCGGAUUCUGUGAUUUUCAGUCCGUUCUACGAAACAAAACCCUGCGUAUAUAUGAAGUCAGAAGAUUCAGAUUAUAAUUAUAUUAUUGUUGAGCAUUAAAUGCAAUUUAUUGUUGUUGAUAUUAAUUUGAUUUAUUUUAUUGUUGAUUCUUAAUACAUAUAUCAAAUUAAUUAUUUAGUCUGUAAUCAUCAGGAAGAAUUUGGUUGAUAUUUUAUUUAAAGCUGCAUUCCUCCAGUAUAAUAUUGUUUGAUUAAUUAAAAUACAGAUAAUCAUGCUGGGUCAAGCUGUAUGAAUUGUAAAAAUCGAUUGGAAUGGUUUGUUGAUGUUCUUGGGUCGGGAAUGAAAUAGGAGUCAAAGCUGAUUUUAAAAUUGUCAUUUUAAACCCUCUGCCCUGGCUUAAAUUGUAUCUUGUGAUUUGCGCAACUUUUCCGUACCCCUUUUAAAAUUAAAUGGAACCUUUAAAAUAUUAAUUUUAAGUACUUGGAGGAAUACAGCUUUAAUGGUGUUCAAAACUGCUCAAUAUUCACACACCAUGAACUUUAUAAAUAUAUUUGUUUGUUAAUGUAUAUACAUUAACUUUCAGACAUAUCAUUCAUCACCUAAUGUCCAAAUAUUUAGAUUCCUAUUGGCUAUAUUCUGUCAUGAAGAGUGAUGGAAUUCAGGUUAGAGCUCCAAGAAUUAAUGACCAUUAUUGAACUUAUUUUUAAAAAAAACAAACAAAUAGUAUGUACUACAAGUAUUUAAUUUGAGUACAAUGAACUGUAUGAUAUAGGUCAAUAAUGGAAUAUGGUAAUAAUAAGAACUGAAAGAAUAUUAUUUUUAGGUGGUGAAAAUUAAGCCAUUUUAUCGGAGGACCUGUCAUGGUAUCUGAUAAUGUAAACAUUGGGCAGUUUAAAACUAAACAGAUGUUCUCUUGUUUUGUGUUAUAAACCUACUAACAAUAAUACUGCCUUAAAGGGACAUUAAACCAGAUGGUAUAUAGAUAUUUUAAAGAUACGUUCCUGUGUACAAACUGUGUGAUUUGAUGAUGUAUUUGGACUAAAAACAUAUUCAAACUAAUAAAUCUAUCAAAAUUUUGCUACAAAUCCUUGUCAAAACACUGUUUAGGCGAGGGAAUACCCCUGCUAUAAAAAAUCUAUUAGCUGACGAACUGCCUAGCAACGGGUGCGAAGUCGGAGGAAAAUUCAUUGCAUACACAAAACGAUGUUGUCUAUAAUUAAUUGCUAUCCAUUUAUCAUAAAUAUCGAAGCGUAAUUAAAUUCUCGGAUUAUCCACUGCCCACGUCUUUUUCUGUGAUUUGUAUCUCAGAAAGUGUUGUACGUCUAACUCUUCAUAAAGUUUAUCAUCAUGUACAUCAAGUGCUCAAUCUCUGCGUGCAAUCUUUGACGUCAGGCAAGCAGAAUUCCUAAUCGUUGAGUGUUUUUCUGGGAAUUCCGUAUUUUUCUAGUAAAAUUGGAUAUUUUUACAUAUACCAAAAUUGCCAUACUUUUAUUGGAAAUAACCUACCCAUAAAUACUUUUCUUGGAAAUAACCUCCCGAUAAAUACAUUUCUGGGAACGUAUCUUUAAUAGUCAAACUGUACCCCACAUUAUUUUCACUACCAGGUUAAUUUCUAUUCAAAGUUGGCUGAUUAUUAGUUGUGGAAUCAAAUACACAAUUAUAAAUCUUAUAAUUUGUUUUUAUUUGUUACAACAAAUAAUCUUAAAUUAUUAUUUAGGCCAUACUAUUUGAUUUUUAUUCUGGUCUGUUGUCCUUUUAGUAUACUGUAAACUGUAAGGUAUUUAUAUGGAAUUAGAGUCAUCUCAACAGAAUAUGUUCAAGUCAUAUCAGUAAACUUCAGAAGAGUGUCAUGUCUAAUUAAUUUUAAUUGAUAGUUCUGUGACAUAUCUGUGAGUAGUAUUGUAUUAGAAUUGGCAGAUUGAAAAACCAUAUAUAGGUCAUGUCCAAAUUUGCUAUUUUGAAAUGUUGUGUGUUGUUCAAAUAAAAAAAAAGAAAAGAUUGGAUUGAUUUUGAUUGGACCAAAAAGUACAGAGUAUUCUAUAAAAAUAAAUCAAUCAUACAUCCAGCAUACAUGUCAAAACAAGUUUGUAUUUUUUUUUAAGGCCACACAAAUACCUAUUAAAAGUAAUGUAGAAAUAUGAUCUCUGCAACAAUAUUGUCUCUUUAACUGAUUAUUGGUUUCACAUACUGUAGAGAAGUCAUAUUUCACCAAUCAAAUUGAAUGAGUGAUAGGUUUAUAUUUAAAAACGGUGAUAUAAUUUGGUAAAAACACUAGUUAUGUCCUUGUAUUGUCAAAAUGUCCAUCAAAUUCUCUCUUGUUUAUGAAAUGUAUUUGGUGGACCAUAUUGAAUUUUAAAAUUUUUGGAUUAUAAAUUUAGAACAUAGAUUAUUAGUCAUUGAUGUUAGAUUUAACAAAGACUUCUUUGCUGCCUGUCACACCUUGUCUCUGUUUUAAAAUGAUUUCAUUCACAACAAGAAAUACAUUUCCUGAAGUUCACACAAUUCAUACAGUUAUUAGGACCUUCAAAUUUUUCUUUUUAUGAUUCAUACAAUUAUUAAACCCUUCAAAUAUUUUGGGCUGACAAUCUGUUUAUUAAUGGAGAUCAUGAUUGAUACUAUAAAACAAAAUGUUUUAUUUUAUUUUUCUUGUAUUUUAAUAUUCUUCAUCAUAAUAAUAUACCUUGUUUAUACAAUAGAUAUUUAGAAUAUUAUACAGAUCUGGUUUCAAAGUACAUAAUACAUUCAUUAUUGUGUUUAAUUAUGAUCUUUUUUUUUCCUCUGACUACACUACUUUGGAAAAAUGUUUAUUCAUUGAUAUGGUGUAAAUCAAAAAAAAUUUGAGAGAGAGAGAGAGAGAAAUGGGGUUUAAGUCCACUUGACACAAACUAGGUCAUUUCGGAACUAAAUAUAGUUUAAUUUUAUUACAAUAAAUCACUUGCACG